GGUUUUUAGUUAGAGGAAUUCUUGAUUGUGUGAAUCACAAUCUUGUCUUUUAUUUUCAAAUAGCCCAUAAUUCACCAUCUGUCCCUUUCUCCCACCAUCACUUUUCUUUUUCUGUCAUCUCCCUCUUAUAUUUAAGUUUUUGAACACUAGUGAUUUUGAUUCCAUUUUUAACUCUCUUAAUUACUCAUCUCAUCACAUUCUCCUUACAUUUCCAGUCCCUCUUUUUCAGCACCUCUACCAAAAAUGAAGAUUCUUGUAUUGAAACUGAAUCUGGAAGAAGACAGAGACAAAAGAAGGGCUCUCAAAACUGUGGCUACUCUUUCAGGAAUCGACGAGAUCACCAUCGACAUGAAGCAAAAGACGAUAAUGGUGGUCGGGACAGUUGAUCCGCUGAGAGUGGUUAGCAAGCUGCGCAAGAAAAACUGGGAAGUCGCCAUCGUCUCUGUCGGCCCACCCAAGGAGCCGGAGAAGAAGGAGGAGGCCAAGAAAGACGAGGCGAAGAAGGAGGAGGAGGCCAAGAAAGACGAGGAGAAGAAGGCGGAACCCGAGCCCGUUGUCGGAACGGUGAUGCCCUUCCGACUGUUUUAUCCGCAGAUGAACACAUACUAUUAUGCUAAUCACAGCAUGGAAGAGAAUCCAAAUGCAUGUGUGAUCUCUUAAGUGAAUUUGCCCUAAACAGAGCAACUCUGUUUAUAAUGGAUAAGGGUAUAAUAGUCUUUUAAGGAUUUUGUUUUGUGAGUAUAUAAUUGUAAUAAUGUUUUUUUCUCUAAAAUUAUAAAAAUUGAUUAUUAUCAUGCACAUAAUUUCGUUGGAGUGCUCCACAGUUGAUAUCCUUGCUGUAACGUUA